CCUGCCUCCCCCGGCCGCUUCUCGCCGCCGCCGCCGCCGGGGUGGGAGUGCCCGCUGGAGCGGCGGAGGAUGGAGCGCGCAGGGCGGCGGCGCCGGAGGAGAGGGAGCCCCGCGGAGGGCCCGCCCGAGCGCGCAGCGUGGUGCCCGCCGCAGCGCCCGCAGGAGCCCAGCAAGUUUCAGGGCUCGGUUGCAGCAGCAGCAGCAGCAUCUUCGGGCAAGCGAGUGGAGAGGGGAAAAUCGCUUAGAGAUUAGUUGAAAGCCUACGCCAAGGAAGAGGGGGAGGAUAAAGCUCUGUGCCUCACUGGCCCCCUGAAUGGGCGAAGCUACUGAAGGGCUGAGCAGGAACUGCAUCCACAGACUGUGUGGCACAGUGGACCCAGCGGGGUGGGAGAGAGCACGUGGGCCACCCAAGCUGCUGCUGUCCCUGGGCCUCGCUACAGAUGUGCAGCCGUCUCCCUGGCAACAGCAAGGGGAAGGCCUUCUUGGAGACGAGCAUCAAGAUGGGAAGCAGCGGCACCUUUCCGGAUGCCGGCAAAGUGGAGAGGGAAUGUAGCUUCUCACCUGCAGGGGUGGCCUUGCUCUGAUACAGGUUCCUUUCUCGUCUGCCUCCCAACUUUCCGUGGAAGAAGUUCGCUCCGAGGAGCGAAGGGAGCCAUGACAUUCUACUUCACUUUUUGUGUCCCUUUCCUCUCCCCUCUUCCCCACCCUCUCUGAAGGAAAGCUGCUAGGGCAGCAAUGACUGCCUAGCAUCCCGCAGGAAGAAGAAGUUGGUGGGAAAGGCUGUCCUACUUGUGACAGCCACAGACUGCUUUUGUUCUAUGGCCGAAGCUUUGGGUUCCAAAAAAAAACUGAGUUUAGGGCUAUGGGUGUGAGAAGAGCCCAAAGGAACUGGUAGUUUGAUGAGGCACGCACUCUCCAUGUCUGUUGAAUUUCCACAAUAAAGUGAGUCCCUGCAGUUUCCAGAGAACUCUGAAGGUGCCCUGUGGAAUCUUGGAGGAGUUACAUCUCUUGCCCUCUGCAACAGGGGGUGCUCUAUGCUCUUCUUUCUGUGCUCACAGAGACUGUGGACAGUGUACUGUUACUACAAACUGGGCAGGUGGGCAGCUGCCUGAGGCGCAGCCCCCGUUGCCCUGGUGACCCUUCCCACCCACCCCUUUCCUCUCAUGCCCAACAUGAAGUUUUCUUUGCGCUUCUGGUUCCUGUCCACCGCUUUUCUGCUGGUUUUCGUCAUGUCCCUUCUCUUCACCUACUCCCACCACAGCAUUGCCUACCUGGACCCCAAUGGGUUCAGCGACAUCCAUCGGGUGAAGCUGGUGCCUGGAUACGCUGGCAUGCAGCGCCUCAGCAAAGAGGGCCUCUUUAUGAGAGGCUGCACCUGCCGCAGGUGCUUGGUAGAGCCGGCCACUUCGGAGUGGUUCGACAGCCGCUACGACAAACGCAUCUCUCCGGUGUGGACCAGGGAGAACAUGGACUUGCCGCUAGAUGUUCAGCAGUGGUGGAUGAUGUUGCAGCCCCAGUUCAAGUCCCACAACCUUAAUGAAGUCUUGAGCAAGCUUUUCCAGAUUGUGCCCGGAGAGAAUCCGUACGGUUCCCGAGAGUUCCAAAAGUGCCGACGCUGUGCUGUGGUGGGCAACUCCGGCAAUUUGCGAGGGUCUGGCUAUGGCAGGGAAAUCAACAGCCAUGACUUCAUCAUGAGAAUGAAUCAGGCCCCCACGGUGGGCUUUGAAGCGGAUGUUGGGAGCAGGACAACCCAUCACUUCAUGUACCCAGAGAGCGCCAAGAACUUGCCAGCCAAUGUCAGCUUUGUUCUCGUGCCCUUCAAAGCCCUGGACCUGCUAUGGAUUGCGAGUGCCCUGUCAACCGGUCAGAUCCGAUUCACCUACGCACCUGUGAAAGCCUUCCUUCGUGUGGACAAAGAGAAGGUUCAAAUCUACAAUCCCGCUUUCUUCAAAUACAUCCAUGACCGAUGGACGGAGCACCACGGGCGCUACCCCUCCACAGGGAUGCUGGUGCUCUUCUUUGCGCUACACGUUUGCGAUGAGGUGAACGUCUUUGGGUUUGGGGCGGACAGCCGUGGCAACUGGCACCACUAUUGGGAGAACAAUCGCUAUGCAGGAGAGUUUCGGAAAACCGGGGUGCACGAUGCCGAUUUUGAAGCCGGAAUCAUUGAUAUGCUGGAGAAGACGAGCAAGAUCGACGUGUAUCGUGGCAACUGAUCCCCUCCAAGCUGCAUCUUUCAGUUUUGUUUUGGGGUUGGCCUUCAGUGAACAGGCCAGUUGCAACAGCUUGCUUCCUCAGAGGGUGUGUGUGUGUGUGUGUGAGUUGGUUGCUGGAUCCCCCUCCCCAGCUCAUUGAGAUCAAACCCUGGGGUACCUGCACCCUGAGAAGACCCAUGAGAAGCAAAUCAGAAUAUUUUGCUCCUGAAAGCCGUCAGAGUGAGGAGGCUUUUCUUAAAAGGGGGGGGGUGAAAAACAGAACAUCCCCCCUCCCCAAUCUAGAGGAUGUACAAAUGAAACAAGUUUUGCAAUCAAGUCGGCGAGCUUCCAGCUCCUACUCCCAUGUCAUGGUUAAAGCCAAAUGCGGUACUUUUUCUGUCUUUGAAUGAGAAUGAAAAACAAGAACGCACAGAGCAGCCGAAGGGGAGGAGAGGAAGAUUACCAAGCUGUCAUUCAGAUUUUUCUCCUGUUUUCCCAGAGUCUCCGAGGGCUGCUGUUCUCUGUUUGCGGGCAUGUUUGCUCACGGACUAAUGACAAAGAGCAAGGCUUUUUUGGCCAUCUCGUAAGCUUCGACUAGGACUACUAGAAGAAGCACUUAAAAUCUUGACAAACUUUUUGGGGGGAGGGAAAAAACCACAAUCAACUUUCCUUUGAUAAAAUGGCAGUUGCUUCCCACUUUUGCCCAGGGAAUUUCUUUUCUUUUGUAACAAUCAGGUUUAAGGUGUAGAACAGAUUGAUCAUAUUUGUGGUUACAAUCAUGUGAACUUCAGAAGAUGUUUGCUUACAAGAAACGAGUAAUUCUGCUUAUUGGAAGACUUUUUUUGGCUCUAGGGGGAGAUGGAUGGAUUCUUCCUGGAUGGAUGAGCUAUGCGGACUCCUGCAGUUGGCAAAGCUGACUGCCAGACGUGAGGAAGAAGAGGUGCCCAAACUGGUACCGAAGAGGAGACUGUGCCAAAGGCACUGAAAUUGGUAGAUCCUGUGACUUUUUACCCUUUCUCCCAUUCAGACCCAUCAUCACUAUCACUAUCGUUCUGGGUUUGAGUGAGCGGGGGAUUUUUCUGUCUUGGCAAAUUAUUUCUUUAUGUUUAUCCCAUAAUCAAAGCAGGGUUUAUUUUCCUCCUCUACCUCUACCUUUUUUGCUGAUAGGCAUGUAGAAAGGUGGGCUCCAGUUGCUGCCUUCUGAUAGCUCAUAAGGCCUGAUCUGUGCUCAUUGCGAGGGCUGAGAGGCUCUAGCCAUUCUUCUUCGAACCAAGCGGUGGCAUUUCUGUUUUGGUCCCUUCUUGCUUUUGCCUUGACAAUGGUCUUCAGCUGGUCUGCGCUUAUUUUGGGGGUGGGGAUAAAGUUGGGGUGAUGCUCCCUAGUUUUGACCUAGAGAGGAAAAAAGAGCAGCGCAGCUGGACCUAAGAAUGGGGAGGGCUUCGCUGUCCAUAUGGUGUACACACACAGUGGAACUGGAAAAUGCAAAAAGGUCAAGCUAGAUGCAAUCUCACACUGUCGUUUUUUGUGUUUGUUUUAAUUGAAUGUAAGAGCCAGAAGAAUUCAAUGAAACUUUCGAAGUGCAAUCAUGCCAAACAGUAUUAAAUAAGUAUUCCUUUGAUAAGAAAUGUUGCUGAAUUGAGAAGGCAGGGGAAGCACAUCUUUGGUCCAAGGGGAGGCCACUGGCUUCUUGUUGCAAUAGGGACUUAAACCUCUUGGGAGAGCGCGUGCGCUGACCUUGCUCCCAGUUUUUAUCUCGAACCUCAUAUUCUGUGAUUUCUUUGGCAGCGCUGAAUUCUAAGAGAUUACGACCAUCCCGGCAGUGCGGCAAAAUCCUCCCAAAAUCUUGUUUUUAGGCUUUCUCCAUUAAGGGAAGAGCAAGACGGUUUAAGAUCUGUAAGAAUGCUUAUUUUAACUGUGAAAAGAUGAAAACAUUCUGCUAAUGCCCUUAAGGCAGUCACGUGAAAUGGUUGCUGAUAAACCAUCUCGGGGUGAGAUCAGCAGGACUGGCCAGAGUAACUUUGCAGGAAGUCACACCAAUAUGUGACGUCUUGGUUGCAGCUUCUUGUCCAAUUUGAAGAAAGAAAGAAAAGCAAGACUCCCCCCCACCCCUUGAAUUGCAUGAACGGGAAUGUGCUUCUCACACUUCCUUCUCAGAAAUCAUGUUUCUUUUUCUUGCCAAAAGUUUCCAAAAUGUUUGGGGUGGGGUGGGCGGGCAGGGGCAAGCAACAAAGAGUGCCUUGGCUUGCGCUGUUGGCUGCAUUCGAUUCUUGCACCAGACCUGAGACUUCUUUGCUGCACAGCCCCCCCCGGGGGGGGGCUUGGUUAUUUUGCUAGCUGCUCCUUUCUUGUUUUCCACAUUGGGGACAUUUGGGGCUUCUCUUUGUAAAAGGAGGGGGGAAUAGUUUGGGAUGGCCAGCCAAGGUCUCCUGUAUUGCCACAUGUUGGUUUUAAGUUUCCAGUCCCCAAAAGGAGACAGGAGCUUGUUUCAGUCGGUCCCUACCUGGCUCCUCUAUUACAGAAGUGACGGGAUAAUCAGGGAGUGAGCUGCAAGAGACAAUCUAGACCUUUCAGUGUCAAGGCCACUUUGCACAGCACAAGAUUCUCAUCUCACUGUGUUGCUUGGGGGUGGAACCCCCCCCUUCCCUUCUGUCAACUCCCCUCUUCUGCAAACAGGUUGUAGUUUUUCUUGUUGCCACAGACUGCCAGACUCUGUCUUGCCACUUAAUCCCUGCUUGGAGCAUGCAGGAUACUGGGGGGUGGGGGGCAUAUUCACAAUAACUGCUGGAUGUACUUGAGUAAACUUGUCUGCAGAGGCAACGGGCAAGAACAGUGCAGGGGAACUGACCUCCACCACCAUUACCAGUAGCGAGAAGAAACUGACUUGCCAAGAGGAGGACAUAAAAGGUCAGGGACUCUCGAGGGCAAGCUAGGUCUGAUAGAGGUGAGAGAGGAUUGGAAUCCCCUGUGAGCUGUAGAAUCAGGCAAGUGAGAGGGAGGGUGGGGGACAAACUAGCAAUCUCACCUCGCUGCUUUGAAGAUCAGGGAAGGGGGGACGUAACCCUUUCAUCUCAUGCUUAUUUUCCCAAUGUGCAUCCUCCCUAGUUCGUCUUGCUCCAAGGGGAGGGGGGAGACAACAUACCCGUUCCCCCUUGUGAAGGUAAUUGCACCUUGCGUGGGGAGAAGGGGGUUUACACUUAGGAUACCUCCCUCCCCAAUCUUCAAAACAUCCAUAUGGGGCUACUCAUUCAUCCCAAGGGGGAUAACCCCCAGAAGAGAUCCUAAGUGUGGAUCUCCUAGAUCCCAUUUUUAUUUGGCCUCCAGCUGCAUCCUGCUUACCCUCUGCUGCCCCCCCCCCCACUCUGCCGCCAUCCCUCGUCCCACAGAAUCACCGUGAUGAUGUGUGCACACUCCCAACACUGAAGGAUGUGCCACUGGAAACUUAAACUAGGACCUCCCUUCUACUAGCCAGCUAGGGACUACCCAGGUGGCUUUGACCCAUUGUCAUAUGGAGAACAUCUCCUGUUAACUGUGGAAGAACAAAGCAUGCCUCUUUCUUCUGUAGGACCUGUGUGGAGAGUGAGCAUAGCCCACAGGAUGAAAACGCAUCCCAGGUGUCUCGUUUGCAAGGUGCUCCAGUGUUGGCUGCCAGGCACCCUGUGGCCAAGACCCCUUUCUGUCUUGUAGAUCUGAUUCUGUCUCCAUUUGGCCAUUCUUCUCACAGGAGUACAGAUGGCCACAUGGGAGGAAUUGGAAGCACAACCUUGUUUACAGCCUGCAGGAUGCAGCCUUCAACUCUUUUUGGGCCUCGAGGCUGUAGCUAGGGUGAAAAUGCACCCUGAUGGUUGUGAAGGAACCCUAGUAUGCUUUCUCACAGCAACCAAAACAGCUGGCUGUGAACUGAAUCUAGGUUGCAGUUGUAAGAAGGGUGUGACGACGUAGAAGCUGAGAAGAGUGAAGGCAAGCAGUUCUAGAAAAGGAAACAUCCCAACUGACGAGGACCAGCUCUGGCAUUCUAGAACACCUUGCCAAAUGUUCACAGCUGCUCUGUGAGAUCCAGAUGUUUGGGGUGGGGCAUUUGAAGGCUUGUGGCCUUAUAAAAAUCAGCAAAAGGGCUUGUUUUCUUGCCUGGACAAAAGUCUUGCCCAUUGCCUCUGCAUCUUGCCACUUCCAUAUACAAACCUCUGACAAAUCAACUGUUUAUAAGCUAAGGAAAUCAUGGCUCCAAUCCUUUUUUAAAAAAACUAUUUUUCUUUGUCCUAGUUGCUUGCUCUUCAGUACCAGUAUUACACACACAACUGUGCUGCCUUCCAUUUUUGCAUUAAAAAAAAUCACAUUCUACAAUUGGAAGAGACUGGAUUUAUUUUGUCUUCUGUUGUACAAAAUAAAAUCGGAACCCUCUUUCGCCUGUUAA